AUUAGUUCGUUUGUUCUCUUCGAGUAAACCGGUGCUGUUGGUGGUUCUCUAAAUAAACUGAUACUGAGCUUAGUACGUACGAACAAAAAUUCCAUAAAUACGUAAAGAAUUAACUCAAGUUAAAUCAGAUUGUUGUACGGUUGCUGUGGGGACUGUUUCAUUAUAAGUUUUAUUUAAAACAAAAAUAUAAAUUAAAUUUUCACAUAAUGUUGACAAUAAUUGAAGAUAGCUUUGGACAAUCCGAAGAUCCAUUGACCAAGAAAAUGGUUCCAGUUCGACGUUUUACACUUUCAAAUAGUCAAAUGAUUGUUCAGGUCAUAACCCUGGGAGCCACAGUGACCAGUAUUAAAGUUCCCAACACCAAAGGUGUCAUUGACGAUGUUGUCCUUGGAUUCGAUGAAGUUGCAGGCUACCUUAAUCCCAAAACGAAUCCUUAUUUUGGUGCGACUGUUGGCAGAGUAGCUAACCGCAUUGGAAAUGGGACCUUCAACUUGGAUGGCAAGCAAAUAACAGUUAGCAAGAAUCUCAUUGGCAAACAUACCCUGCAUGGUGGAUUCAUUGGCUUUAACAGUGUCCAUUGGUCCGUAGUGGAGGUGGUUCCAGAAAAAUGUUCUUUGAUUUUGCAGCAUGUAUCGGCCGAUGGACAAGAGGGAUUUCCGGGCGAAGUAAUGGCUACCGUACACUAUCAACUAACAGCGGAUAACUGCUUGCAUAUGCGUUUUAACGCAACUACAACGAAAUCCACUCCCGUUAACAUGACCAACCAUUCCUAUUUCAACUUGGCCGGCCACGGAGCAGGUAAAGGUGCUAUUUUAGAGCAUAGGAUUCACAUCAAAGCGGAUAAGAUAACCGCCACCGAUGACGAUGCCAUUCCCACCGGUGAACUGCAGGACGUUCAGGGAACUGCUUUUGAUUUCAGAGAAUUGACCGAGCUUGGACCACGUAUUGCCGAACAAUCGGGCAACGGAUUCGAUGACAACUUUUGUGUCAACCUGGAUAACAAUGGGAUCACUGUGAUUGCAAAGGCAAUUCAUCCAAAAUCGGGUCGUUGGAUGGAAGUGGCAACUGAUCAACCUGGCAUACAGUUCUACACGGGUAAUUUUUUGCCAAAUACAAUGAAAAUGGAACGUCCUAUCGAUGGAAAAGAGCAAGCAAACUAUAGUAGACAAGGUGCAUUUUGUUUUGAAACUCAAGGAUAUCCCGAUGCAGUUAACCAUGCAAACUUUCCGAAUGUUAUUUUGAAUCCUGGCGAGAAAUAUGAACAUAAUGUAAUUUACAAAUUUGGAGUGAAUGCAUAGGGGAAGAAAUGAUAUAAUAAUUUUAUUUUGUGUUUUAACAUACAUAACUUAUAUUAAGAGUUUUAUAUAAUAAAAUUGAUAGCGUAAAUUGUAA